CCGGGACCUAUUCACUGCAUUGUGUUGCCACACAGCAGAAUAAAGUAAGGGCAAUAUUCCUGUUGGGGGCAGGCCUACACAGGCAACUUGUUUCUUCACAACAGCAGGAAGAAGGGAGCAUAAGACAACUUUGACCUCAUGUGAGUUGCGUCAGGUUUUGAUAGAGUGACUGUAGAUGGCAUUCCUGCGGGAGGAUUUUCUGACUACACACCAGGUAAUGGAGCUGUAAGAACAUUUCAACAUUGCUGUGGGACAAGAGACUUGUGUCGACACAUGUCGAGCGUUUAAUGCAUGGUUUGAGGCUUCGCUAUGUGUAUACAUACAACUGACUGAUUAUGGAGCUUUUCAUUGUUGUGAAACUAGUUUCAAUUUGAUUUUGUAUGAUUACAUACACGCUGCAAAAUAUUUGUCAACUCGGGUGUUGUGUUCAACUUUUAGGGCCUUUAUUUUACAAGUUCUGAGUAGAAGUGCUGUCACAUAUUCCUGCUACCUUUACACCGGCUACCGGCUGUCAACCACAGAGAGAAAUGGAGUGUCAGUGUCCACAGGAGAACUCUGAGGAUGCUGCUGCAGGCUGGUGGAUGAACAGCAACAGCGUCCAGAUGGGAGCUUUCACUGUGGUGGGGUAUCUUCUCUACAGAUUCUCACAGACACUCCCAGCUCUGAUCCGCUGGCCGAUCCGUCUGUUCUGCUCUCUGACUGGUCUGACAGCUCUUUGGAGCUGGGUGAGUCGCCUCGUGGGAACCCUGCGUGGGAUCCAGAGCCUGUUUAAGUGGCUGCGUCGGAUCUGGCGGUUUUUCGAAGGACUUUCCUCCAAGUUCAAGUCAACCACAGGGUCAUCCAGUGAAUCAGACAGAGACCGGACCCGCAACGGUUCCAACCAAUCUAACUUGAGGCUGAUCCUUCUGGGGCCCGCCGGUGGAGGAAGAACUUCCCUGGCACAGACUUUGUUAGGCAACAGUGAGACAAGGACACCCAUGGGUCCCCUAAUGGAGAGUACCAAGAGGUGGACUGUAAUUGAUGGUGAAGAGGUUGCAGUGAUCGACACCCCAGAUCUUUUGGGGCUAUCGUUGGGGAGCAGCAUGAGAGCCAGGGAAGCUCUGAGGAGCCUCCAGCUCACCAGCCCUGGACCACAUGCCUUCCUGCUGGUGAUCCGCGCUCCUGCCCCCAGCACGGGCAUCGAUCAGGAUGCCGGCCGGGCGAUCAGAGCCACCCUUCAACUGUUUGGAGACGAGGUCGCGGGGUACAUCAUCCCAGUGCUCACCCAUGCAGACCAUCUAGGUCGAAGGCGCACUGUAGAACAGCUGCUGGACGUGGACGCCGGAGGUCUGAAAAAGGCUCUGUCUCUAUGCGACCAGAGGCCAGAGCUGGUGGACAACAGGCCUGGGUGCCCCCUGGAGGAGCAGAAUGCGAUGCGCAGUCAACUGAUACGGCGUGCGAUGGAGAUGAAGACACAGAGGGGACAUUUUGUCCACGAGCUGCAGAGGAGGGAGGACCACAUCAGGGAGGAGCUGAUGGCUGAAAUGUCAUCUGCUCUGGCUGGAAAACUGGGACACAUGUAAAUAAGAGAGAGAGACUGUGCUGUUGGUCUUUGUGACAGAGUUGCCCCGGUGUUGAAAGCAUAAGCAGGCCGGAUUCACUCAAGUGUUAAAUGUGCAAUUUUAGCUUUAAGUGCAAGGGGUGAUUCUUUGGCCGAGGAAGUUUUGCCAGUCUGCUGGUUCACCACUGUCCCAAUGAAUUUACUACCUCUGGCCGCCUUUUGGUUUUCAGCAUGCCACACGUGUUUUUGGUUACUUAUGAUGUUCGCAUACACGUUUAAUUUUUCCCAUCCUGGGGUGUUGUAAUCCUUUGCUGACCUGUCUAUUCUUUUGUAUAUGCCUGCUCUGCUCCAGUGCUUUGCCCUCCCCUGUCUUUCAUAAUUCAAAAGAGUUAUCAAACUUUAAAGAUGGCACGGGGAAAAUAAACUGAGGUCAUACUGA